AUGAAAAGUCAUUUGUUAGCAACUCACCAAGUAACAGAUUCACAACAAACAAAAACGACAAAUCAACAUAUUCUUUCCAUGUUUUCUCGAGAUCGUUGCACCACAAAAUCAUCGCAAUUAAAACAACAAUUAGGACAUCAAUUGACAUUAAUGUGUUGUAGAGAUCUUCUACCAUUUUCCAUCGUUGAAAAUGAAGGUAAGAACUUUUCUGUGCACACUAAAUAAAAAUGCGUCGGCUGUAUGUGUCGUGAAUUUUUAUGUUGUGCUCUCCAUUACAAAAAUGUGUCGUAAAUUUUUGUGUCGCACUUAGAAUGAAAAAAAUGUGUCGUAUAUUUUUCGCGUUCUGUCAGUCGACUAGUCGUUCACCGUUUUGUUAUGAACAUACAGCGACAUAUAA